AUGAACAGUGACGUCAAAGCCGCAAUAGAUUGCUUGGCAACUUACGGCUACUGCCUGCUUGAGGAUCGUAUCCCCGAAGACACAGCACGACGCAUGGCGGAACGGUUCCUUGAAUUGCACACUGACCCGAAGUGCCAAAUUUACAACACGGGUGAUCAGUACUAUCAGACGUUAUUUGGCAUGAUGAAUCUGGACGAUGGCGUAUGGAUGUGCGCUAGCCAUCCGGACACGGUGGCGGUUGCACGGCAUUUUUUGGGGCAGAAUUGUCGGGUGGUUGAGGCGUGUUCCAAGCCGACUUGGCCCGGUGCGCCGGGGCAGCAUCUGCACGUGGAUUCCGCACGUGAAUUCCAUGAAGUGCCGGACGUGCCGUGGAUUAUCAACAGCAUCUGGAUGCUGACGGACUUUACGGAGGAGAACGGUGCAACGGGUGUGGUGCCAAUGAGUCACCGAUCGCGUCGGAAGACUCCGCCAUCGGACAUCAACCCAGAUAGCCCGUUGAUCAAGCCGAUUACUGGCAGGGCAGGCUCAGUAAUUAUGUGGCAUGGCGGCACCUAUCAUCAAGCCCGUGCAAAUAUAAGCGAUCAGAUCCGCGUCGGAUUGAAUAUCGCCUACUACCCGCCGUGGUUCAACAACUGGAUCGAAGGUGGUCAUCAACCGAUUUGGCCCGAGACGUAUGAGCGGAUGCCGCCUGAAAUGCAGCAGCUGUGUCCCGGUCUUUUGGGACACAAUCGUGCGGACAGGUAUGAGACCCGCUAG